ACUGAAGGUAUCUUGUUUUUAGCAUGUUUGUAGUUUUUGGAGCAAUUAUCAGGUCUUAUUGUUUUAGGUUUCUAAUAAUAUGCUUGUAGGAAAACUUUCUUUCCACUAUUGGAAGAUAAAAAACAAAUACUUUAAUUGAUUUAUGGAGCUAGAAGAGGUCUUUAUAGGUUGAAUUAAUGUAGAAGUGUUAUAGUUGAAUUUUUUCUUGUGAAUCGGGCGUCUUAGUCUUUUGGAAAAGAAAGUUGAGCCUUGGGGAGCAGAUGGUAGGUUUAUAUGGAACUUCAUUAGAUUCUAAUUGGGGCAUUGGUACAGUUGGAGGUCAGCAGCCAUAAGCCGAAUAUGUUCUGAAAGGUGAAUGUAGGCCUGACCACUGGUCCAGUCCGGGGCUGGAACCAGCGGUUCAGUGAUUAGGGAGGGGUUGACCCAGAAAUGGACUGGAUUUUUCCAGUUCGAGCCAGUUUUGGAACAGUUCAACGAUAUGUUCGGUUCUAGUUCGAUCCUGUUUUGUCCACGUGGUACUCUCUAAAGCUGCCACAUGGUGCUAGUCAUCAAAGUAGAGUUGGAUGUAGUCAAUGACGAUUAAUAGCUUCAUGAUGAUGAAAAACAUUGAUCUGUCGUGACUUUUCUGGCAGUUAUAGAUGGGGAAAAGAUUAGUCAAGUUGUUGAUAGAAAAGAGUCUGUGUAGAAUAAUCUUUAACUGCUGUGUGUGUGUAUUAAUUUUCUUGAAUAGUUCGUGGAAGGGGAAGGGAGAGGAGGGUUUUUUGGCUGUCUCAAAAUGUUGAGAGUUGUCUGUUUAUUUCUUGAACUUCUCAUUUGAUCUCUCUUUUGUUGUUUAGACUUGCCUCGUACGUAUUGCAAAUGAAAUGUGGAAUCUAGAGAACUCAAGAACAUGUAAUAUCCAGGAAAAAAACUAAUAAUGUUUACUACAAUUUUGUACCAAACUGUCUUUCAAAAUGGUUUGGUAGCAUUUCUUUAAUAAUUGUUCUCUUUUUUUUUUUUUAAAGAAAAUUGAUUAUGGGCCCCAAUUUGGUGUAUUAAAAUGAAAACAAGUAGGUGAAAUUGUUGAAGGACAGGCCAAAUUCGAAAAUUUUGAUCUUACAAUUUUUAAAUUCAUUGUACGUAUGCGUGAUUGUACAGCAUUUAAAUAUAGAAUAUUAACAUCGUAUUGAUUAUUUUAGGUUCUUAAAUUGUAACAAAUAAAAACGUUACUAGUUUAUGAAUUGCUCAUCCUGCAGGCUGCUGCUGCUUAAUUAUGUUACUAAAAUAAAUUACUAGACGCUGGGUUUUGAAAAUUGCCAGUUUUGCAAGUCAAUGGACGAAUAAACGAACUGAAAAAAAGGAAAAAAGAAAGAAAAUGGGUUUCGGUGGUGCCAUUUUUAGGGUUCAUAUGGUUCUUUGAGCUGCCUUGUUUGAAAUUGUUCGUUUAUUGUUAAUUUAAAAUAAAUAUAUAUUAGUCAAAAUUAAAAAUUUAUAUAUUUAUAUUUUAAGUAUACGAGAAAUUAUGUCUAAAUAAUUUUUUUUAAUUAUAAAUAUUCAUAUAUUAAUAUUCUUGAUUAUUGCCAAAAACAGAAAGUUGGUGACUCAGAUUUGGAUUUUUUUCGUCGCUUUCAUAAAAUCAUAAAUUUUAAUUAAAAAAGGAAAAAAAAAAAUCUACGAAGAUACAAUACCAUUUAAAUUAGUUGACAGUAACAAUUUAAGAAAGAAAUUGAAUAGGAUCGAAAGUUAAAAAAUGGUUGAAUAAUUUUUACCUGUAUGAUAAUGAGUCACAGGAAGAAUCAAACAUUGACCACCGUCAAUUUUGAGUUGGCAUCCUAAAUUUCCUACUAGUAUCAUCACCACCACCAAAGGCCGGAGACUUUGGCAAGCCACAAAGGGAAAACUAACAUACCCGAACUGCUCGAGCUUUCAUUGCUUCCUCCACACAGGUUGUUUAUAAAGCAAGAAAUAAUCUUUCAACAAUGGUCUGUCUUCUUCUAAAUUUUCUUCAGAUACAACUCUAUUUCUUCCUCUAUAUUCCUUUCUUGGUUGUCUCUUUUCUACUAGACCUAUGGACAACGAGGAGGCCUAUUAGAAGAGGCCCCCUCCACGGCUCCACCCAAGCUCCUUGUAUCCCUACUAAGCAAAUUAAUAAGUUUGCUGGGAGCUUUCGUAUUUCUUCUUGUUUGAGCUUUUCUUGUGUUUAACUAUGGCAGACAUUUCCCUGGAACAUAUAAAAAAUGAGAAUAUUGAUCUUGAGAAUAUCCCUGUUGAGGAAGUCUUUCAGCAGCUAAAAUGUACAAAAGAGGGAUUGACAACAGAUGAAGGUGAGAAAAGGCUUCAAAUCUUUGGGCCUAACAAGCUUGAGGAGAAAAAGGAGAACAAAAUCCUCAAGUUCUUGGGUUUCAUGUGGAAUCCUCUAUCAUGGGUCAUGGAGUCAGCAGCUAUCAUGGCCAUUGUUUUGGCAAAUGGAGGAGGCAAACCACCAGAUUGGCAAGACUUCCUUGGAAUUAUUGUAUUGCUUGUCAUUAACUCCACCAUUAGCUUCAUUGAAGAAAACAAUGCAGGAAAUGCUGCUGCUGCUUUGAUGGCUGGUCUAGCCCCUAAAACCAAGGUGCUGAGAGAUGGGAAAUGGAGUGAACAAGAUGCAUCAAUUUUGGUUCCAGGUGAUAUGAUUAGCAUUAAGUUGGGGGAUAUCAUCCCAGCUGAUGCUCGUCUCAUGGAGGGAGAUCCACUCAAGAUUGAUCAGUCUGCCCUUACUGGUGAGUCCCUUCCUGUCACGAAGCAUCCUGGUGACGAGGUUUUCUCUGGCUCAACUUGCAAACAAGGUGAGAUUGAGGCUGUUGUUAUUGCAACUGGUGUUCAUACCUUCUUUGGCAAGGCAGCUCACUUGGUUGACAGCACUAAUAAUGUUGGUCACUUUCAGAAGGUGUUGACUGCCAUUGGUAACUUUUGUAUCUGCUCAAUUGCGGUAGGUAUGGCAAUCGAAAUUAUAAUCAUGUACCCAAUCCAGCACAGGAAUUACAGAGAGGGUAUUGACAACCUUUUGGUACUUCUCAUUGGAGGUAUCCCAAUUGCCAUGCCUACAGUCUUGUCAGUGACAAUGGCUAUUGGGUCUCACCGUCUGUCACAGCAAGGUGCCAUUACCAAGAGAAUGACUGCCAUUGAAGAAAUGGCUGGAAUGGAUGUCUUAUGUAGUGAUAAGACCGGUACUCUUACCCUUAACAAGCUUACAGUUGAUAAGAACCUCAUUGAGGUGUUUGCCAAUGGCAUUGACAAGGACACUGUUGUAUUACUUGCUGCCAGGGCUUCUAGAAUUGAAAACCAGGAUGCAAUUGAUGCUUCAAUUGUUGGGAUGUUGAGCGAUCCUAAGGAGGCAAGGGCAGGACUUACCGAGGUGCAUUUCUUGCCUUUUAAUCCUGUGGACAAGCGCACGGCAAUCACUUACAUUGACAACAAUGGUGAUUGGCAUAGAUGCAGUAAGGGGGCUCCUGAGCAGAUUAUUGAUCUAUGUGAACCCAUGGGGGAGGUGAAGGAAAAGGCCCACAAAAUCAUAGACAACUUUGCUGACCGUGGCCUUCGAUCUCUUGCUGUUGCUCGUCAGAUUGUUCCAGAGAAGACCAAGGAAAGCACAGGAGGACCAUGGGAGUUUGUGGGUCUUUUGCCUCUCUUUGAUCCUCCAAGGCAUGACAGUGCAGAGACUAUUCGUCGAGCCCUUGACCUUGGUGUCAAUGUUAAGAUGAUAACUGGUGACCAACUUGCUAUUGGCAAAGAGACUGGUCGAAGGCUUGGCAUGGGCACUAACAUGUAUCCAUCAUCCUCCCUCCUUGGUGAUUGUAAGGAUGAGUCAAUUGCAGGCAUUCCAGUGGAUGAGCUCAUUGAGAAGGCUGAUGGAUUUGCUGGAGUCUUUCCUGAGCACAAGUAUGAGAUUGUUAAGAAGCUCCAAGAGAGGAAGCACAUUUGUGGUAUGACAGGAGAUGGUGUGAAUGAUGCCCCUGCACUGAAGAAAGCAGACAUUGGUAUAGCUGUGGCAGAUGCUACUGAUGCUGCUAGGAGUGCUUCAGACAUUGUUUUGACAGAGCCAGGAUUAAGUGUGAUUGUUAGUGCUGUAUUAACAAGUAGAGCCAUCUUUCAAAGAAUGAAGAACUACACAAUCUAUGCUGUUUCCAUCACAAUUCGUAUUGUGAUGGGAUUCAUGCUCGUUGCACUUAUUUGGAAAUUCGACUUCUCGCCAUUCAUGGUCUUAAUCAUUGCUAUUCUCAAUGAUGGUACCAUUAUGACCAUCUCCAAGGACCGAGUCAAGCCAUCUCCUAUGCCUGACUCUUGGAAGCUGAAGGAAAUUUUUGCCACAGGCAUUAUUCUUGGAACCUAUCUGGCAAUCAUGACUGUGAUAUUCUUUUAUCUUGCUCAUGACACUGACUUCUUCCCACAAAAAUUCGGAGUGAAGACAAUCAAAGGUAUACAUGCUGAGCUUACAGCUGCUCUUUACCUUCAAGUAAGCAUUAUCAGUCAAGCACUCAUCUUCGUUACUCGAUCAAGGAGUUGGUCCUUCAUGGAACGUCCUGGUCUCCUACUUGUUAGCGCUUUCAUGGUAGCACAAUUGGUGGCUACAAUUAUUGCUGUAUAUGCAAGCUGGGGCUUUGCAAAAAUUGAAGGCAUUGGUUGGGGUUGGGCAGGAAUAAUAUGGCUUUACAGUAUUAUCACCUAUAUCCCUCUUGAUAUCCUUAAGUUCAUGAUUCGUUUUGCAUUAACUGGGAAGGCCUGGGAUAACCUGCUGCAGAACAAGACUGCUUUCACGACCAAGAAAGACUAUGGAAAGGGUGAGAGGGAAGCACAGUGGGCUGCUGCUCAACGUACGCUUAGUGGUCUCCAACAAGCAGAUGGUAUAACUCAUGACAAGGCUACCUAUAAAGAAUUAACAGAGCUUGCAGAGCAGGCUAAGAAGCGUGCUGAAGUAGCAAGAUUAAGGGAGCUUCACACAUUGAAAGGGCAUGUUGAGUCAGUGGUGAAGCUAAAGGGACUUGACAUUGAGACCAUCCAACAACACUACACAGUUUAAGGCAUUGAAGGAGCUAGUCCAUAACAAGGAACAUAGAGCAACUGUGAUGGAAAUAGGGGAAGUUUUAGGGGAAAGAAAAUUUGAAGAAUGAAUAAGCUAAUCUUAAUCUUUUGUCAAUUUAGUAUUUCCUCUAUUCAUUGUUAGGAUGAGAUUUGUUGUAGCUGAUAUUGAAGAAGACAAUAAAAUUAAUAUAUAUUGAUUUAAAUA